AGCAAACUUGGCCCUCAGCGCACUAAGGCGGGCCGCGCGCCGCCGCGAGAGGAGCAGGGCCCGCGAGGCAGCUAUUUAACGACUUCUCCCGCCGAACCGGACCACCGGGCUGCACGCGACGCGCAGCGGGCAGCACCCAAGCCUAUCUCCCCCAGAGCCCGGCCUAGCCGGGAGCACCCGCCACCAUGGCCCAGGAACUCGCGGUCGUCGAGAAGAAGCCGAGCCAGCUCGCGAAGCUCAAAAAGAAGAAGAAGAAGCAGCAGCUGACGCCGCUCGAUCGCUUCGGCAAGCCCAUCAAGAAGCCGACGUUCAACAAGCAGGAGCUCCAGGAAGCCGUGCGACGACUAGCUCCCGGCUACAAUGAGAUGCCGCGCGUGCCCCACGAGUUCGGCCAGGCCUUCAACGUCACGAACGUCGACGCGUCCACCAAAGCGGCGAAGGGCGGGUCGGGCUUCAAAGGGGUCACCCCUCUAGACAUGAUGGAGUGGGGCGUCAAUUUCGCGGCCAAAAAAUUUAAUGAGAUAAGGACGCAGUGCGACAUCAAGGCGCUGGAGCUUAAGAAAAGGUUGGACGUGUUGCGGGAUUUAAAAGCGCAGAAUGAUGGUGUCGAGGACAUGCUGCGACCCGAGAACCCCUACUCUGUCACGAUCAAUGAGCUGCUCGCGAAGAUCCAAGUCGUACAGGACAAAUUGGAUCGGGAGUGCCACUACAAAAGGCAAUUGGAACACGUGAAAGAACGACUGGAAAAGACGCAAAUUAAAUAUGAUUGCCACUUAGGACACUUGCAGGAAGCUAGAGAUGCCGCAAUCAGAGAACACGCGGACAUGGUCGCGAUGACGAGGCAGAUCGAAGCGGCGGUCCAAGGGUUACUUGUACAGGUCCACGAGAAGCAGUACGAGAUGGAGGUCGAAGGGGAUGAAAUGAAACGUAGUCUCAUGCAAAGAGAAGCCGAAAAAGAACAAGCCGCGAAGAUGAAAGGGUGGGACGCCGAACGGAAGCGGGAACGGGCCCUGUUCAACGCCGAGAUGGCCGGCGACCUGACGGAGGAGGGCGAGCAGAAGCUCAUGGACAAGUUGAAUGCGAAGAAGGAGGAGCUGAAAGGACUGAGGAAGGCCCAUGACGCGCUAGAAAAGGAGUUUAACCAGCUCGACGAAGAUUUUAGUGAAGUGCGGAAAGUGACCGGUGUCAAUUCACUGGCGGAAGUUGUGGAAAAGAUCAAGAAGCAGAAGGAGAACAAGAAGCAGUUAGUCUUGGAGAAGAGGGAUGCGGACUCGAGACUAGCUGGAGCCAAACAAAUGAGGGAGAAACUUGAAAAAAGAUUCUCCGAGUUGCGGGCGUCGGGCAUCGGGACGACGGAGAUGAAUCGCGACGUGGCCGAUGACUUGGAAAAGGACAUUGAUACAGCUAGAGCAGAGCUGAAGACCACAACGCAGGAUUGUGAAAGACUGGAAGGCACGCUGAUUGGCUUGAGGACGGGAGCGGUUGGUUUGUAUGAAAGGUUGAUACCUUACUUUAACUUACUGGAGGACCAACCUGAUCUAGUCAAAAAAGGCGCGCCCGACCCAAAGACGAUCGAGACGGCCGAAGCUCUGGUGCUGUCCGAAGCCAUGCUCGUGAAGAUGAUUGAGUUGUUAGGAGGUGGUGAUAAAGAAACGGAAGGCGCGCUGGUGCUCGAGGAUCCCAGUGUUGAUGAGAUGAACGUCUCGCUCGCCCCGGGCAACAACUUGCGCAUCAAGUCGGAGGAGCAGAAGGAGAACGAGAAGUCCGUCAAGGAAAGUGUCUUCUUGACGGCCGUCGACGAGGACGAGGCCGACGACGGGCUGGCGCCGGGCGACCCCUCGGAGUUGGUUCCCGCUCGAUCGUUCAUCAAGAAGAGUGCAGCAAGGCAGUACGAGUCGGCCAUUCGGGCGGAGGCCGAGAAGAAAAGAGCUUCUAAACUGGAGGAGUUGUCGGAAGGCCCCGGCGCCGCCAAGGGCAGCAAAGCGGCGCGCAAGAAGGCCCAGGACGAGUGGCUCAAGGAGGCGGGCAAGCCCAUCAACAACCUCCAUCCUUUACCCAUGUCGAAGGUCAAGGGCUGUGCGCAAGACCGGGCGGCGCAAUUGAUCAGGGACUUCCCGAAGUUCGGCUGAGUAAGGGUUGGGGUUUAGUA